AUAUUUCGGCCACCUCUACCGGUCCGGAUGAUGACUUUCGCGUUUUUUUCUUGUUGAACUUUGCCGUCGUGUCGCUUUCUUCGGGGUUAUUGCUUAAAUUAAGCGGGUUUUUGGGCUGCAAUUUGUGAUCGGCGGACGCACAAGGAAUCAAUCAUGGGCCUGCUAUACGCGCUGCGCGUGAGGAUCAUGAACUUCAUGAUUUUCUUCCUCCUCAUCAUCCUAAUGCCCGGUCUGCCGCCGCGCACCACCUUCCCCUUCAAGGACUAUAUUGUGACCCCGCCCAAAGACCUGAAAGGGGCGCUGGAAUCGAACUUUCACCUGGAGGGAGCGGAGCGACUGCUGGAGGGGCGGGUCUACGGCCCGGAGUGCCUGAUAGCCCGCAACAACGAGAUCUACACCGGCAUCCACGGCGGUGAGGUCAUCAAGCUAACGUCCAACCAUGUCACGCAUGUCACCAAGAUCGGCCAGCCCUGCGAGGAUAUCUACGAGGAGUCCAGGUGCGGCCGUCCUCUGGGUCUGGCCUUUGAUACGCAGGCUAACAACCUCAUCGUCGCUGACGCCUACUACGGCCUGUGGCAGGUGGACCUGGGCACCAAUAAGAAGACCCUGCUGGUCUCGCCCGCCCAGGAGCUUGCCGGCAAGUCCAUCAACCGCCCUGCCAAGAUUUUCAACGGUGUGACCGUGAGCAAACAGGGCGACAUCUACUGGACGGACUCCUCGUCGGACUUCACCAUCGAAGACCUCGUCUUUGCCAGCUUUGCUAACCCCUCCGGCCGUCUUUUCAAAUACAACCGCUCGAAGAAUGUUAGCGAGGUGCUGCUGGACGAACUGGCCUUCGCCAACGGAUUGGCCCUCAGUCCCAACGAGGACUUCAUCGUGGUAGCCGAGACCGGAGCGAUGCGUCUGACUAAGUAUCACCUGAAGGGUGCGAAGGCCGGUCAGAGCGAGGUGUUCGUCGACGGAUUGCCCGGUUUGCCCGAUAACCUGACGCCCGACGCCGAGGGCAUCUGGGUGCCAUUGGUCCAGAGCGCGGAUAGCGAGCAUCCCAACGGCUUCACCCUGUUCACUCGCUUCCCCAGCGUGCGCCUCUUCCUGGCCCGCAUGCUGGCUUUGUUCGAGCUGCCCUUCCGCUACCUGAACAGCGUAUAUCCGAACAAGUUCUCGCAGCGAUUCGUUCACUUCGUUGGACACAUGGAGAGCAUCACUGUGUUGGCGCCCAAGCGAACGACUGUCGUGCGUGUGGACUGGAACGGCAACAUUGUGGGCUCGCUGCAUGGCUUCGACAAGUCGGCCGCCACGGUAUCACACGUCCUGGAGUUCCAAGACUUCUUGUUCCUGGGCUCUCCCACCAAUCAGUACCUGGCGCGUGUCAAGUCGCCAAAGGCCAAACAGCCCACGCUGAAGGUGCGCAAUGUGCGCGUCGAGGGCGAGGGCUUGGAGGCGUCCAUUGGUGUGCCACCCAGCACAGCCACUCCUAAACCCAAGGCGGCUCCCAGCACCACCACUCCAAAACCCACAACGACAACUACUACGCCGAAACCCACUACCACAACGACAACUACUACAACCACGCCAAAACCCACUACCACAACGACAACCAAGAAGCCAACGACCACUACCACCACCACGACAACCACGCCGAAGCCAACCACUACUAAGCCGCCGGCAACUAAGCCAUCUACGACUACAACCACCACCACUACUCCUAAGCCAACUACUACUACUACUACUACUCCAGCGCCUGCUAAGCCGAAGGUCAAGCGCACAGUGCCUGAGAAACCCGCGCCCGUUGAGGAGGAGAUCCCCUCGGACACACAGCCACCCAAGAAGGAGAAGCUCAAGGUCAUCAACAAGCAAGGCGUCAAUGUGGAGCUCUAAGAUCGCAGACGCAUCAGCUUCCCCCUGAGUUUAUCGGGCAUAUUCCCGGACGCGAGAUUAGUUUCUUCACGUAGUCAAAACCUAUUCUGAUUAUUAUCUUUUCCCUCCAACAUCUCAACCAUUUCUGGGGAAUGUUCAAAGUUUUCUUAUUUAUCAUGCCCCAACUCAGGCUGUCGAGGCCAGUUAAUUUUAGUCGAAAGGUAGCUAAAUUCAGACUAGCCGAGGGCCUAGCUCACAUGAUCCUCGACGGGCAACGCUUUAUAUGUUUUAGACUAACAUAUAAUUCUGUUUUGCUUAGGCACUAUAUACAUUCCAUUCCUUUUUCCCAACCGGAAGUGCAUUCCAAGUUAAUUCCUAAGUUAAUAGUAAACAAUGCCCCAAAAUUGUUAAACUCGAGUAACUUUUGAUUUUGUACUGAUUUUUUCUUAUUUUCAUUAAAAAUAAAGGUAUUUUGUAAAAAUA